UCAGCUAAGCUGCUUUGGUGAAGAAGAUCAGAUCUUACAUUCUCAGAUUCUUUUCCAAGAAAUGAAGUCGCAAUGCAUGACCAUGUUUGAUAUUACUGAAGAACAGGAGGAAAUUCAUCAACAACCUCCCCAACAAGUAAGAUUGCUGCAGUUUGAUGCCUAUAUAUGUAUGGUAUUAUAGAUUCUUUAGCAUUUCAAUUAAUUUUUACUUACCAAAAGAUUUGUGAGAGAUUACAAGAAAUCUGCGCUAUCGAAUGAUCAAGUGUACAUGUAGUUGCCCUCUAGUUUCUUCUCAGUUUGGAUCUCAUCUCAAGCUUAUGUUCCUCUUUCCUCCUCUUUUUUUUUUUUUUUUUUAAUGCAAAGUUGAUGAUUGCUCUUCUAAAUCAAAAUAUAGUUGGCAGAUCAUGUGAUCACGGACAGGGAAGCAAUGAUUCAGCGAAACCAAGGGGGUGUCUUGUUACCUAGAUGCUGUUUCUAGCUACAAGGUGCCUUGUACGAUCCGUGAUCAAUAUGUAAACGCUUAUUCCUCAAAUUUUAUUUCAUUUGGCCCCAUUCAUAAUGAUGAUAAUAGACUACCAGAUAUGCAAAGGCACAAAGAAAUCUUCUUUGCAAGAGUUGCCCCUAAAUCUCAGAAAAGCUUGAGUGAUUUGGUUAAUUAGUUAUUUCGCCAUAUCUUCAAUGCAACAAGUUCGUGAUUCUUACUCAAAGGACAUCCACCUCAAUUACAUGGAACUUGUAGAACAUGAGAGAAAAUGGAAGAAGAUGAUGUGAUGGUUGACAUUGAAGCAUUGAUUCAACGUAGUGAAGAGAUGAUCAUUUGUAGCAGUAUAUAGGAAGCGCUUGCUCGCGCAUACUGGGAUUCAUUCAAAGAUGGAAGACAUGAAGAAGACAGGCUUGAAGAAGAAAGACUUGACCUCUGCUCAGAUGGAAGAUGAUGUGAUGAUUGACAUUGAAACACUGAUUCGAGAUAGUGGAGAUGGUCUUUUGUCACCAGACUGGUGUAUCUCUAGCGUGUGUCAUACGAUGCGUGAUCUAAGACCAGACGCCUACACCCCAAAAUUUGUUUCAAUUGGUCCCUUUCAUUACCGUACGAAUAAGAGGCUGCGAGAUAUGGAAAGGCACAAGCAAGUCUUCUUCAAAAGAUUUACACAAAGAACAAAGACAAGCCUGAAUGAUUUGGUUAGUUUUGUGAAACGUUCAGUGCCGAAAGUGCGUGCUUGUUACUCAGAGAACAUCAACUUCGGUGACAUGGAACUUGUGAAAUUGAUAUUAGUGGAUGCUGCUUUCAUCAUUGAAUUUUUGUACAGGUUCUAUAAGAGAGAGGACAUGUUGAAUGAUGCUAAGCUGUCACAGCUUCCACUUUUGGAAACUAUACCUCUAGAUUUGGUUUUACUUGAAAAUCAAUUACCAUUCUUUGUUCUUGAAGAGCUAUUCAAUAUAGCGUUUCCUCUUGGCCUUCGUGGUAAUCUCCCUUCAUUUCUUGAGCUUGCUUAUGAGUUAUUUUGUCCGAUGUUUGACCUUGAGAAGCCAAAGCAUGAUCCUCAUGAGAGGAUCAAGCAUUUUACAGAUUUGGUAAGGUUUUUGUUCGGACAAAGAGAACCACCAACAUUGAAACCAUUUUCUUCGACUACUGAAGUUCUUUUAUACACUGCAAAGGAGUUGCAAGAAUUUGGAGUAAAGUUCAAGGCCAGUAAAAGCAAGAGCAUCUUAGACAUCAAGUUUUCAAGGGGUGUUCUUGAGCUUCCAUGUUUUGUGGUGAAGGAUCUCGUGACUAAAGCUUUGUUUCUAAAUAUGGUUGCUUUUGAACAGCUCCAUUGUCCUCGUGCCUCUUACAUUACAAACUACAUUAGUGAGUGGAAUUGCCUUAUCAUCACAAAGGAAGAUGUGAACGUUCUCGUUGAUGAGAAUAUAAUCCAUAGCUUCAAACCUGAUACCGAGGUUGUUGCAUUAUUUAGAAUAAUGCAAAAGAAUUCCUUUCAAUCAGUGAUGAUUUCUGAAUAUAUUGAUCUUUUCAAAAGGUUAAAUGGAUUCUGCAAAAAUCCUUUGCGUCAGAAUAAAGCAACUCUGAAACAUGAUUAUUGCAGGACACCAUGGCAAAUCGUGGCCUCUAUUGCUGGAAUCAUACUCCUUGUCCUCACCAUUGUUCAGACCAUAUUUUCUAUCUUCAAGUAGCUAGUUUGGGGUAGAUUUGAAGAAGCUUGUACAUUUUCAAGUGUUGUGUUAUCAAAAUAUGUUAUCAUUCAGUGUACUACUUAUAAAACAUCUACGAAUGAUAGAGUUCUCAAACUCAAAAUUAGACA